AUGCCGAGCCUUCGACGUCCAAGCACUGCUCGAUGGAGGUAUGGCGGGAAUCAAGGCCCGAUCGGCGGCGUCACGCCCCCCGUCACUGGCGUCCAAGUUCCGGUCGGCAGCCUCCGCGGCGACAGCAGCCUCCUCGGCGGCAACGCCCCCCUCCCCGACCUGACCGUCCAGGACGGUGGCUCCGUCCAGGACCCGACCCUGGUCCCUGGGCAGUCCGCCGACGCCGACCUCGGCCUCUACCUCGACCUCAACAGCGUCGAGAAGCCGGUUCCCCUCCGCGGCAGCAGCGGCUCCGCGACAGCCGACGGCGCGCGCACGUACCAGUACGAGAAGCUCAACCCGGACCUCUUCGCGCCGCCAGGCACCGACGCCGGGAGCGUGCCCAACGCCGUGUGGCCAAUGGGCCUCUCGCACAACCGCUUCGGCACGGGCACGCGGUCCGGUUGGGCACGGCAGCAAAACACCGACGUGCUGCCGGCGGCGACGAACAUGGCGGGCGUGGACAUGAAGCUGGCGCCGCACGCAUACCGCGAACUGCACUGGCACACGGCGGCCGAGUGGGCGCUGGUGCUGCGCGGCUGCGUGCGCGUCGCCGCCAUCAACGACGAGUCGCAGACCUUUACCGACGACCUGUGCGCCGGCGACGUCUGGUUCUUCCCGGCGGGCGUGCCGCACUCGAUCCAGGCCUUGGCCGACGGCGUCGAGUUCCUGCUCGUCUUUGACCAGGGCGACUUUGACGAGAACGGCACCUUUCUGGUGUCGGAGAUGUUUGCGCGCACGCCGACGUCGGUGCUCGCCAAGAACUUUGACGCCCCCGUCGACGCCUUUAAGGACAUUCCGCGCGGCGAGCUCUACAUCUUCAACGGCACGCCGCAGCCCGACGACAUACGCAAGCAAAACGUCACCGGGCCGGCCGGCGCCGUCGCCCCCGCGCACGCCUACACGUACCACUGGUCGCGGCAGGCGCCGUUUGAGACGCCCGGCGGCACCGUCAAGAUCCUGGACCCGACCACGUUUCCCGCCGCGGCGGGCUUCUCGGCCGCGCUCGUGACGGUGCGCCCCGGCGCCAUGCGCGAGAUGCACUGGCACACGUCGUCGGACGAGUGGGACUACUUCCUCGAGGGCGCCGGCCGCGCCACCGUCUACAAGGCGCCCGACGCCGGCCGCACGUUUGACUUUACCGCCGGCGACGUCGGCUACAUCCCCCGCGCGGCCGCGCACUACGUCGAGAACACGGGCACCGAGGACCUCGUCUUCCUCGAGGUCCUGCUCGCGCCCAAGUUUACCGACAUCUCCGUCGCCCAGUGGCUCGCGCUCACGCCCAAGCAGACGGUCAAGGAUCACCUGAACCUGCCCGACUCGCUCUUGGAUAAUCUCCCCAAGCAGAAAACGAUUCUCAAGCAGGGCAACCCGAAUAUGACCGCAGUAGACUAA